AAAAUUAGUACUCUUAUCAGUAUAAGAGUUUAAUUAGGACCCUCGAGAACUAAUUAAUUAUUGAUUCGAAACCAAGGCCCGCAGCGGAAACCCCUAUUUGGCAGCAGAAGACGCUCAAGCUCAAGCUCAAGCUCAAUCUCAGUGGCAUUCCUCACGCAACUUCUCGCUGACGACGUCGUACAAAAAAGUUGUACCUCAAAUCAGCAGGUUGCAGUGGAAGGAAAAUGCUGCCUCAGAGGAUGAAAAAGGUCAUUACCGACAACCCAAAACAACUUGCUGACUUGAUCGACCUUGUAAACCUGCCCUCAACGCUCAGAGAAUUCACGGGUCAGUCGCAGACCUCGCGUUUGGGGUGCUUUACGCGUGUUUGGUCGUACAUCAAGGAGAACAAACUCCAGGAUCCAAAUAACAAGAAUCUGGUCAAUUGUGAUGCUAAAUUGAAGCAAAUUCUGUUGGGUAAAGGCCAAGUCGAUCUUGCUGAACUUCCUAUGCUGAUUAAGCUGCAUUUCCCGAAGCAGCAGAAAUGAUCUUCACGUUUGCAAGUCAAAGAUGGCUGACACCAACUCUUGCUUUCGCAUUCCUUUCUAUAGAUCGGAUGAAAACACAAAGUUUAUGUAAUAGUCAGAUGGUCAAGGAAUUAUUUCUGUUAGUGGCGAGUUGGCAGGUUAUCCUUUCCAUCGCUGCCUUUAGAAUUUUUCUCAAAUGUUGUAGUUAGUAAUAUGACAUACAUGGAUAUCAGCUCUACAUAUAUUAUUGGUUAUUGCUGCCGUCAUGAGAAAAAUCCCAUUACAAUGAUAAUGAACUCUCUUUUACUCUGGUUUUUAGUUUUUAA